UCCAAACGAGCAGGAGUGGGAAAAUCUCUGUAUGUAAAAAGGCUUUAUCAAAAGCUUGUGUCAAGCAUCACCACUGAGAGGCCAGUUCUUAAAACAAUCCGGCUUAUUAACCCUGAGGUGGAUGAAAAUAAAGUAUUAAACACUUUGCUGCCUUUUCUUGACGUCAGAUUGAAGAAUUGUCCUAUUAUAUUCCACAUUGAUGUUACAUCUUCUGUGAACAAGGGGAUUUCAGAAUUCCUGUUUAAGCUUUUUGUUCUGCAAUAUCUCAUGAAUUCAGAAGGUAGAAUAUGGAAGCGCUUGACAAAUCACUUGUACAUUGUCGAGAUUUUGGAAUCCUCAAACACAACGUUUGCCAAGCAGAUUCAAUCCGUUCCUCAAGCGCUACAGCACAAUUUAUUUGACUUCUUUCCCAAAAUAUCAUGCUGUUCACCAAAAGAAGUCCUAAGAAAAUACACAGAAGAUGUGGCAGAUGACUGUGGGGAUCCAGGAAUGGAUGUUGCGGAAUUCCAAAGUGAAUGUUUCCAGAGACCAUACCAGUAUUUAAUACGUUUUGACAAAGGACAGAAUCUAGACACAUUUACAUACAAACAUGACAGUGUAGAAGGGGAUCCAGCAGAGUGUCUGCAGAUAUUCCUUUUGCAUUGCGGAAUUAUUGAUCCUUCUUGGUCUGAACUCAGAAACUUUGCCUGGUUUUUAAAUCUCCAACUUAAAGAUUGUGAAUCUUCGUUUUUUUGUAAAGUUGAACUUGUUGGAGAUUUAUUGCCAGGAUUUAAGCAUUUUGUGGUUGAUUUUAUGAUAAUCAUGGCAAAAGACUUUGCUACACCAUCUUUGGAUAUUGUAGAUCAAAGUCCAGGAAGGCGAAUCAUUAACUUUCAUGGACGUGAGGAAAGGGACCUGGCUCCUUUUUUGUUGCGUAAAAAGUGGGAGUCUGAACCACAUCCCUAUAUCUUCUUUAAUAAUGAUCAUGUGUCCAUGACAUUUAUUGGAUUCCACUUAAAGCCAAAUAAUGCAGGAGGUAUAGAUGCCAUCAAUCCCAGAGAUAAAACUGUAAUUAAACAAAAUGUUAUGACCAUGCAGCUUUAUAAUGGAUUGGAUAUUCAAAAAGUGCCAUUCAAUAUUGACUUUGACAAUUUAUCCAGGCAUGAGAAAAUAAGCAUAUUAUGUAUGGUCCUAGGAAUCCAACAGCCAUUUGAUCCAGAUGAAACAUAUGAGCUCACUAUGGACAAUAUUCUCAAGAUUCUGGCCAUUAAGAUGAGAUUCCAAUGUGGAAUUCCAGUUGUCAUCAUGGGAGAAACUGGUUGUGGAAAAACACGACUAAUAAAGUUCUUAUGUCUUUUGUGCAAGGGAUUUGUUAAAACAGAAAAUUUGAAGCUUGUGAAAGUUCAUGGAGGUACCACGGCUGAGAUGAUUUCCCAGAAAAUAAUGGAGGCACAGGAAAUUGCAAAGUUUAACAAAGACAAUGGAUUUGAUACUGUGUUGUUCUUUGAUGAAGCAAAUACAACUGAGGCCAUAAAUAGUAUCAAAGAAGCUUUGUGUGAUCACACCGUAGAAGGAGAACCAUUAGAAGAGAAUUCUGGGUUACACAUUAUUGCAGCCUGCAACCCAUAUAGAAAGCACACUGAUGAAAUGAUUAAACGCUUAGAGUCUGCUGGUCUGGGUUACAGGGUAACCGCGGAUGAGACCAAGGACAGACUAGGGUCCAUCCCAUUAAGACAGCUUGUUUACCGCGUACAUGCUUUGCCUCCUAGCAUGAUGCCACUUGUAUGGGACUUUGGACAACUAAAUAAUGAAACCGAGAAGAAAUACAUACAACAAAUCAUUCAGAGAUUAGCAAAAGAGAUUGAGCUGUCUACUAGUAAUGUACAGUUAUUAACGAAUGUGCUUUCAGCUUCUCAGAGUUACAUGAGGUUAAAAAAUGAUGAAUGCAGCUUUGUCAGCCUAAGAGAUGUUGAACGUUGUGUAGAGGUCUUCAAGUGGUUCUAUAACCAUCAUACAAAGCUGCUAAAGAAUCAGAAAAGCAUGUUAAAGAAUAAAAGAAAUGUCACUUAUCAAAAAGAUAAAGUAGCUUGGUCUCUUGUGCUAGCUGUUGGUGUAUGCUACCAUGCCUCUUUAGAAACUAAGGAAUCAUACAGAGAGGCCAUAUGUAGACAUUUCCAUUCGCCAUACAGAGACCAAACUGCUAUUUUGGAUGAAAUUAAUAUCAUUCAAGAUCUCUUUUUAUCAGGUGUACACUUAAGAAACACCAUUGCAAGAAACCUGGCCUUGAAGGAAAACUUAUUUAUGAUGGUCAUCUGUAUUGAACUUAAAAUCCCUUUAUUUCUUGUUGGAAAACCAGGAAGCUCAAAGUCACUAGCAAAGACUAUUGUUGCAGAUGCCAUGCAAGGUCAGGCAGCUCAUACUGAACUGUAUAAAGACCUUAAACAGAUUCACUUGGUAUCUUUUCAGUGUAGCCCUCACUCAACUCCAGAAGGCAUAAUUAGCACAUUUAAGCAUUGUGCUCGCUUCCAGGAAGGGAAAAAUUUAAAAGAGUAUGUGUCUGUGGUGGUUCUUGAUGAAAUCGGUCUUGCUGAAGACUCUGCCAAAAUGCCUUUAAAGACACUUCAUCCUUUGCUGGAGGAUGGUUGCAUUGAUGAUGAGCCAUUGCCACACAAAAAGGUUGGAUUUAUUGGAAUCUCUAACUGGGCCUUAGAUCCUGCAAAAAUGAAUAGAGGAAUAUUUGUAUCUCGGGGUGAUCCUGAUAAGCAAGAACUUAUUGAAAGUGCUGAGGGAAUCUGCUCAUCUGAUAACCUCAUUCUUACAAAAGUCACAAACUAUUUCCAAUACUUUGCAGAUGCUUAUCAGCAAGUUUGUGAGACUCAAAAAGAACAGAAAAAAGAAUUCUUCGGUUUACGUGAUUUUUACAGUCUGAUAAAAAUGGUGUUUGCUUUUACCAAACAGUCAGUCUUGACAGAGCGUGAAAUUGCUCGCGCAGUCCUCCGGAAUUUCAGUGGGAAAGAUGAUUUAAAUGCAUUGGACAUUUUUUUGGGAGACGAAAAUAAAAAUCUAGGCGAGGCUUAUAAUACGAUAGAUCUGGUGAUGGAAAAUAUUAAAAGUGACAGUGAGGACUGUGAAUCUCGUUACCUUUUAAUAUUGACCAAAAACUAUGCAGCACUUCAGAUACUUCAACAAGCAUUUAUUAAGGAGAAACAGCAACCUGAAAUCAUAUUUGGAUCCAGCUUCCCAAAGGACCAAGAAUACACUCAGAUUUGCCGAAAUAUCAACCGUGUUAAGAUCUGUAUGGAAACUGGCCAGAUGGUCAUUCUCCUUAAUCUCCAAAACUUGUAUGAAAGCCUCUAUGAUGCAUUAAAUCAAUAUUAUGUUUACCUAGCUGGCCAAAAGUAUGUAGACUUGGGCCUUGGUACCCAUCGUGUAAAAUGCAGGGUUCACCCAAAAUUCAGACUGAUAGUCAUUGAAGAAAAAGAUAUUGUAUACAAAGACUUUCCAAUCCCACUGAUCAACAGAUUAGAAAAACAUUAUCUGGAUAUUAGCACAUUUUUGAAAAAAGAAGACAAAAUUCUUGUUGAACAGCUUGAGGCUUGGGUACAAAGUUUCACCAGUCCAAAAGUAAACCACUUCAUGGUAAAAGAUCAUGAAUACAGUCCUUCUGAUGUUUUUAUUGGCUACCACUCAGACACAUGUGCUUCAGUUGUUCUUCAAGUAUCAGAGAAUAUGAAUCAAGCACAACAUGAUACCGAAGAUAUUAAAAAGGAGAAGAAUAAGGCUGCACAAAAUGUUUUGCUUAAAUGUGCUACACCAGAUUCUGUCAUCAGGUUAGACCACCAAGAAUUAAUUGAUGAGUACUUCAAAAUACAACAUCAUGGCUCCUUGGUAGACUUCCUCCAUUCACAUAUAACAUCUGCAUUUCACAACAGCACCAUUUUCACUGAGAUCACAACAUUUUCACGCCUUCUUACUUCUGCGGACAAAAAGAUUUUAGAAGUUGAAUUACAAAACAAUAUCAGCAACAUUGAAAUUUUGUCCCUUCAACAAUUUGACACAGAAUUCUCAUUUUUGAAGAAAAUUCGGCAUUUUCUAGAAUCUGCCUCUGGCAAUCUGAUACUAAUUAUACAGACUGAUUUUGAAGAAGGGUCUCGAGGAGCAAAUCUUGUUGCGUCAGCAAAGUACUCUGCUGUGAAUGAAAUAAACAAGUUAAAUUUCAGCACAAAAUGUGUCUUUGUCUACUUUAUAACUAAGCUCCCGAGAAUCAAAGGUGGAACAUCAUAUGUGGGCUUUCGUGGAGGUUUGUGGCAAUCUGUGCACAUUGAUGAUUUGAGGAAAUCUAAAGAUAUGGUGACCGAUGUAACAGCACUUCUGAAGUUCACCAUUAGUCAGUUGUUCUAUACUGCAGAUCCUGAAACAAAAGUUAUAAACAAUGAGACUCAAAAACUGGCCAAAGAAACAGCAAUGGAAGUGGAAGACUGUGCAUCCCAUGGCAAUGAAGUAAAUGCAAGCAAUCAUUAUGAGGAGGCCAGCUUAAUGGAGAUAGAUCAAGAUGUCAGUAAGGAGACAGACAUGCAACCAGUCUCUUUUGAGAAUAUACUGGAUACCACCAUUCUAAUUCGAAGUUGUGUCCAGAAUGCUAUAGGCUUGUUAAGAGAUGAGAAUAUUGACAGUCGUAGCACCAGAAGGAUUGAAAUCCUGAUAAACCUGUUGAGUACAGAGAAUGAAAUGAAAGAUUCCUUCUUGAAAUAUCUAAAACACCGUCUACAUAACAUGUUGAAGACUCAGGAAGUAAAUUUGUAUCAUGCUGAAGAUUGGGUUGUACGAGAAGCUGCAAAUCUAGAUGCACUGCAGGAAGCAGGAACUUUCAGGCAAACCCUUUGGAGACGUAUUCAAAAAGCUGUGACACACUUUUUAUCCCAAAUUUUAUCCAUCAUUGACUGCAAUGGCAACCUGGAAAUUCUUGUGAACGACCAUGUGGAGGACUUUAUAAAAUCCCUAUGGAUGUUCAUUUAUUCGGAUGAAAAACUUCUACUUGUUCCCAGCAACUUCAGCUCACAGACUGGAACAAUUCUGGUGAAGAACACCAUGAAUAUUGCUGCUUUUGGAGAAAAUUGCUUGCCUUUCAGCUGGCGGAUUAAAGAUUAUCUAGAAGAGAUUUGGACUCAGGCUCAGCACAUUCAUUGCAUGGAAGGUCCUGAAGUGAAGUUUUUGAAUAUCUUCUCACAGACCCCUCUAGGAAAUUACAUUUCCUCCAAAGAAAUAAGUGAACAGCAGGAUCUGUUCUUAAAUUAUCAGCGAGACUUCAUCCUUAUGUCUAUGACUAUAUCUUCUCCCAAAGAGCUGAAGGUAAUGGAAUAUGCUCUUUCAACAUGUGUUGAGGAAGUAAGAAUGAAUAUAGGCAGCGACCAGCUGACUCUUCCAUUGGUGCAUAUUGGAUACAAUACAUUUCAGCACAGACUGCAAAACUUAUGCAGGAUUUUUGCACUCAGUCCUUCAGUGCUUGAUUCUCUUGGAAAAAAAAUUGAGGACUCUGAUGCAGUAAUUAGAGGUCAAAUGGUCCUAGAUGUUUUUGCUGCUAUUGCGUGUUUGGAAAUAUUAAAAGACAGUGUGACAGACCUACACCCAGGAGCAUGGAUGUGCCAAGUAAAAAACCUACAAAUGCCUAUAGAACUAAUAUGUUCAGAAGAGUAUUUAAAUGGCUUCAGUUCUAGGUGUAAACCUGGAAUUGACCAAAUCAGGUCCUACUGGAAUUGUGUGUUUUCUAUGGCACUUUUUAUGGAACAUAUGCUAGUGGAUGUCUAUUUUCAGGAUCCAGAGAUGUGGAAAAUCAUUUUAGGACAUACAUACAUUAUCGGAAAGCGCCUGGAGAACUUCAAGGAUAUAAAGUCUAUCAGGCCAUUCCUGGCGGUGGUGGAUGUCCUUCAUAAGUGUAGAGAUGCAGUUUCCAAAUCAGUUUCAAGGUUUGGAAUGCAAACCUGUGCAGUCUGCCACAGUGAUCCAAACGAGCCAGUAUGCCUUCCCUGCAACCAUAUUUUCUGCAGUGCUUGUUUGAGCAAGUGGUUGCAAACUGUAAAUAAUAAUACAUGUCCACUGUGUAAAGCACCGCUACCAGACGGCUUCGCUGUUGUUGUGUCUAAUGAAAUCAGGGAUUCCAUACAGAAAAAUAUCCAGUUUCGAAAACAAUGUAACGAAUUCUUUGUUGAUAUCAUAUGUACCAUGUGCUUCAAAGACGAUACUCCACCAGACAAGGAGGUCAUUGACCAUCUUAUCUCUCUACUUUUUGCCAGCGUUGAGCAAAAGUCUUGCACAAGAUCGCUUUCCCCAUUUGAAGAUGCAGUUGAUAAAACACCGGUGCUUCGCUCAGUCAUACUGAAGCUGCUAUUGAAAUACAGUUUUAGGGAUAUAAUGGGGUAUGCCCAGGAGUAUUUUAGCAAGGUGGAGAGAAACAACCUUCUUACUGUGCUGGACACCACAGAAGUCUACCUGCUGUUUGUAAACUGCCUAGAGGACUCAUUGUUUGAAAAAGGACAAAAAAUCCAAUGUGCAUCUGACAAAGAAAAGUACCUUAAUGAUGAAGGGUCAUUUCUGGAGCAAUAUACACAUGGUAGAGAAAAACCAGAUAAGACUGUACAGUUUCUUCAGGAUUUGGCAAGAAUUAGACUGGCACUUAACAAAGCGGCAGAAUUGUUUUCUGUCAAGUCCAAAGGAGGUGCCAAUGAGUAUUACUUGCAGUGUGUUAAAACUUUUUGCUCGUUGUCUGGCAAUGACUGGUAUAGAAUUUAUUUAAUUCGAAAGCUAGCAAAUUUGGAUGGUAUAGACUCUGUCCAAAAGCUUUUUAAAGAUCCGGACUAUAAGUGGCUUUUUCCUAAAGUAAUGCUACAGAAUAAGGACUCUCAAGAAAGUCAAAUUGAUCAGUUCCUGGUGUGGGGCAACAGCUACAAAGUUCUCAGAGAUGGUAUUGGUAGAGCGAUGAUGGAGGGAAAAGAAGAAAGUAUUGUAAAAGCCAUAGAGGAGUGUAAAAUCCCCGACCAUGAACUAGCUGUCUGCAUACUCCUUGCUGUGUUCCGUGAAAUAACCAUGUAUUAUGGGACCCAAAAUAAUCCAGAUCGUGGGGCGGUGACUGAACAUAAAGCCGUGAAUUUUAUCAAGAACAUCAAAGUUCUCCAAGAAGGAGCAAGGAGACGCUUUGUGGAGACAUUGCUCAGCAACAGCCGGCCAAUACUUCGUGUUGUUCCUGGUACGAGAAGCUCACACGUCACUGUUUUCGGACUGGCUAUACAUUUGGGUGUUGUACUUCUCAAUCAGAAUAAUCAACUUCUUUCACCACUAAGAAAUUUGUCUUUUGUUCCAUCAAGAAUGCAGAAUUCGUAUUUGCCAACAAUGCCAGAAGAUUUGAUUGUCUAUGCAAGAGUUGCUAUGCGUGAACAGCUGCAUUGGUACCGUUGUCCUAAUGGUCACUACUGUACUGUUGGUGAGUGUGGUCAACCAAUGGUAACGGGUCGAUGUUUAGACUGCGGAGCUAAUGUUGGCGGGCAAAAUCAUAUACCUCAUCCAGGAUUCCAGAGAAUUCAGCAGGACGAGGACCGCACCCAGACUGGACAUGUGUUAGGAGGUCCUGAACGGCAAGGAACAGUUAUAGCUCCAGACAGAGAUCUACCUACUCCUGCAUUCAUUUUACUGAGGCUGCUGACACAUCUAUCAAUGCUCCUGGGAUCAGAAGAGGAUUUGCAGAGUCUAAGCCACAUUCUGAAGCCACCUGUUCCAGAUGUUAGAAGUUUCCUUUUCCAACACAUAGAAAAAGAUCUAGAACAUCUGGGAAACACUCUUGGAAAAAGUGCAGAUGACACCACCAUCAUUGUACAUCUUGUACUUUGUCAAAUGCUGAAUCCCGAUCAGCGCGGACAGUGGCCUGUUCACUUUGAUGAAGUGUGGUCAACAAAAGACAUGAGAAACAGCUGGGAGAAACACUUUGCAUUAAUGGUCAUUGGACCUGUGCUGAAGCGCCUAAAUGAGGAUCUGGUGGCUGUGAACAAUUACAUCAGAACAGAUGAGCGAAUAAGUUCAAACCCCAUAGUAAGGAUUGUGUAUGGCGACCCAUUGGCUAGUGGAGGAAAACUGGAACUGCCGUGGAACAGUCAUGUUCAUUGUUCCAAAAUAUGGAGCUGCAGAGAAAGGGUCUCCAUAGAAUAUUUAAUGCAUAUUGUUCAGCAGAAAGAAGGAAAGGAUGCUCUGCCGUUAUUAUGGAAGUUCUUGGAGAAGGAAACAGAACUAAAGAUGGUGAAAUUCCUGCCAGGAAUCCUAAAUCUUCAAAAAAGGCUGGUAAAAAGGUUCCAGAAUUGCAGAGAUAUUACACAUGAGACCAUACAAGACUUUUUAAACUCCAUACCCUCUGAUGGUGCUCAACAUUUAAUGAAAAAGUGGACAGAGGAUUUUCUCUCAACGUGGAAUCAUUUGCGGCAUUCCCUUCUUACUAAUGGUGAAAUAAAGCUGCCAAAUGAUGUGAAUGAUCUCGUCCUUACUAUGGAUAGUAAACUCAGCUAUCUUCUUCCACGUCGGCAAGGGGAUGGCUUAUGUGCAACUGCCCUGGUCAGCUACCUCAUUACUCUGCACAACAGCUUUAUAUACGCCCUGAAAGAAUACACCACCAGUAGUCAGAAGUAUUCCAUUAGGUGCUCGGAAAUAACACAUCUGCAUGUCAUCACCUAUGAAAUGGAAAAGGAUUUGGUGCCUAUAAUCCUUUCCAAUUGCCAAUACACCCUGGAGAGUGGGAAAGAGACCUUGCAAGAAUUUGAUCUUCCAAAAAUCCAGCAUCAAAUUGCCAGUCGAUUUUUUCAAGGAAAACCUCUUCUCACCAUGGCUGGUCUUCCAACAAUGAUAUCUUCCCAAGAUCGGAACUACGAAAACCUAUUUAUGGAUAUACGGAAAAAGCUUGGACAGAUUCCAUUACCAAACUCAACUAUAGAUUUUAUAAGCAAAGACCUGAAUACGUUCAGUGAUGUCUGUGAGGCCAUAAACCUUGUUGAUGUCAUGUUGGGAUUCCUGUCAAUGUCCGGAGGAGAUCCAGAACUUCCUAUUACAAAGUACAUUGAGGAUAUCUUACAAAUGAAAGACCAGAGCAGCAUCCAUGUCCUUGAGGCAUUGAAGCGCUGUUUUCUGAAGAACACCAUUGCACUCUGGCAGUUACUCACCGCUCUGAAGUCUGCACAUCUUCUACACCUUAAAAGAGACCCAUUUGUUGAUGUUGACCAAGCUUAUAAGAUGGAAGUGGGAAAGGAAGGGCGGCAACAACUCAAUAUCUUCCUGGAGCAAAAUGGAACAAAUGUCUUUUUGUUUGAAUUGCAUGAGAUGAUCACCAUAAAACUAAGGAAGCCGCACAGCGCGGAUCAUUUCAAACCUGACUGGCUCCUAAGAGACGUACUCGGACCUCUUCUUGAUGAAAAAUAUGUCUCUUUCCCUGAAAUGGAAGAACGCUUUCCGGAGCAGAUUGCACUUUGUCACUGCAUCGAUGCCUGGAAGAUUACUGCCUCUAAGAAAUGGGAUCGUCUGUGAAGUUAUGCUGCCGAAAAGUAUUUUGCUUCCCUGGAUUAAGAGACUUUAGAGUGUGUUUACAUGGUUGAUACCGCAUCAGAACUGCACGGAAAAAAGCGUAAGGGUACCAGGCCGUGCCCACCUGCGGCAUCCAAUGGUUGCAUAAUGUAGCAGUAAAGUAGUGCAGCCAUUGGCUGCAGCAGGUGGGAGUGUCACGCAGUUCUUUGAUGCACUUACGAUGUUUACAUAAUAAAUAAGCAAACCUUAACUGCUCCGUGUGAACAUACCCUAACGCUGCACACUUAGGGUUUUAUACUUUUUUAUUAUUGAGGAAGUCUUAUUGAGGAGUCUACAUAAGGUAACUUGGCUGAUACUUACCGGUAGUUUGUAGGCAUCACAUCUUCUCCAUUCAUAGCAAUCACUGCUUUCAAAGCUUUGCUGGCCAGUCUUGGAAACAGACAUUGAGAUGUUUCUAAUCCACUGUUACAGAUGGGGCCUA